AUGGCAAAUCACGGUCGAAGGAGUGUGUCAUUGACCAAUAGUCCCUCGCGCCCUAAGAAGAAGAAAAACUUCUCUUCCGAGCUUUCAUCCCCUGAUAUUCGAAAAUCCUUUACCCCUCAACGCACGGGAGAGAGAACUGUGAGGUCAUUAAGACUUUCAAGAGCAUUGACAGUGCCUGACUCAACAAGUAUUUCUGAAGCAUGUCGUCGUAUGGCUGCUCGCAAAGUCGAUUCUCUUUUACUAACCGAUUCGAAUGCUUUGCUCUGUGGAAUCCUGACGGACAAGGAUAUAGCUACAAGAGUCAUUGCGCGCGAGGUUAAUCUUGAAGACACACCCGUUUCCAAGGUUAUGACAAGGAAUCCAGUAUUUGUCCUUUCCGAUACUCUUGCUGUGGAAGCACUCCAAAAGAUGGUUCAAGGAAAAUUCAGGCAUUUACCUGUGGUGGAAAAUGGAGAAGUUGUUGCCAUACUUGACAUAGCAAAGUGUUUGUAUGAUGCCAUUGCGCGCCUUGAAAGGGCAGCUGAGAAAGGAAAGGCAAUUGCAGCGGCUGUUGAAGGUAUCGAAAAACAUUGGGGACCAUCUGCUUCUGGCUCCAAUUCCUCAUUCUUGGAGACUCUUCGGGACCAGAUAUUCAAGCCUUCUUUGUCUACGAUCAUUCCUGAGAAAUCAAAGGUUAUAACAGUUUCACCAACGGACACAGUUUUGGCAACAACAAAGAAGAUGCUUGAACUUCGUGUCAGUUGUGCUGUUGUCAUGGUUGAUGACAAACCUUGUGGUAUCCUCACUUCAAAGGAUAUCUUGAUGCGAGUAAUAGCGCAAAACCUUCCUGCAUCAACAACUCUUGUUGAGAAGGCCAUGACUCCAAAUCCAGAAUGUGCAAAAGUUGAUACACCGAUUGUUGAUGCACUUCACACCAUGCAAGAUGGAAAAUUUUUACAUCUUCCAGUGCUUGAUAAAGAUGGCACUGUUGUUGCCAUGCUUGAUGUGAUACAUAUUGCUCAUGCUGCUAUUGCAACAGCUGGUCAGGUUGGAAAUACUGCCAAUUUGAACACUGAAGCUGCCGACUCCAUGAUACAAAAGUUUUGGGAUUCGGCCAUAUCCUUAAGUAGUCCAAAUGAUGAUGACGACGACGAUUCACGAAGUGAUAGUUCCUUGAAAAUUGCUCCUGAGGGAAGAGAAAUAGGGAGAACCACUCCUUUUAAUGCAGCAAGCAUGCUGCAGCAAGCAUUUUCUUUCAAAGUACAAGAUAGAAAAGGCAGACUUCAUAGAUUCACAUGUGAUACUCGGAGCUUGACAGAUGUUAUAGCUUCCAUUUCUCAGAAAGUUGAUAAUGAUAUUGACUCUGAUAAUAACCUGCCCCAGAUUAUGUAUGAAGACGAAGAGCAUGAUAAAAUUGUACUAGCUUCAGACAGUGAUCUUGCUGCAGCUGUGGAACACGCAAAGGCAGCUGGUUUAAAGGGAUUAAGAUUGCAUUUAGAGUACUCGGGGCAAAAUGAUAACCAAAGAAACUCUAGCAAGGAGAGUUUGUUGGCAUACACAAACACAAGUUUAAUGUGGCCCUCAACAUAUAGUGUGGUUGCAGCUGGAGCUGUAAUCGUUGCUGGCUUAAGUCUAUUAGCAUUCUUCAGGCGAAGGUGA